AUGGGGCCAAAGGUGACCAGCCUGUUGUUGCUAGGGCUGGUACUUUGCUAUGCAAGUGAAAUUAAAACAGUAAGAAAAUCUAACCAUGGUCACUAUGUCUGCAGUACUUGGGGGAACAACCAUUUCAAAACCUUUGAUGGAGAUUUUUACCAAUUUCCUGGGAUCUGUGAUUACAACUUUGCUUCAGACUGCCGAGAUACUUAUAAAGAGUUCUCUGUUCAUAUCCAGCGUGAGCAGAAUGACCAACUGCACCCUAAUAUCCAAUAUGUUCUUGUUGCAAUCAAAGAUGUUGCUAUUUACCUCACUCACAAGAGGGUUGUGGUAGAUGGGCAAACGGUAAAGACUCCAUACUAUAGUUCUGGUGUCCUGAUUGAGAAGAAUGAUAUAUAUACUAAACUCUAUGCAAAAGCGGGCCUAAUUCUGAUAUGGAACCAGGCAGAUGCUUUGAUGAUUGAGCUUGACUCUAAAUUCAACAAUUUAACUUGUGGCCUUUGUGGAGAUUAUAAUGGACAACAGAUCUACAACGAAUUUAUCUCAGAUGGAUUAAGCUACAACCCAAUCACAUUUGGAAACCUACAAAAAAUCAAUAACCCCCCCAAAAAAUGUGAAGAUCCUGAUGAGACAAAGCCUAUUGAACUCUGCAACCAGCAUCGUGAAGAGUGUAAAACUCUCCUAACUUCGCCAGCAUUUGCAGAUUGCCAGAAUCGCCUGAAUCUAGAACUGUAUGUUCAAGCCUGCAUGCAUGACAGAUGUGCUUGUAAGCAUACCGACGACUCUUUCUGCCUCUGCAGUUCCAUCUCUGAGUAUUCACGACAGUGUUCCCAUGCUGGUGGCAAACCUCAGAACUGGAGGACCCAUCAGCUCUGCCCGAAGUCAUGUCCCAAAAAUAUGAUUUACCUGGAAAGUGGUUCUCCCUGUAUGGACUCCUGUUCGCACCUGGAGAUCAGCAAACUAUGUGAAGAGCACUACAUGGAUGGCUGUUUUUGCCCCAAAGGCACAGUAUAUGAUGAUGUCACAGGGAAUGGUUGUGUGUUAACAAGCCAAUGCCACUGUAAACUUCAUGGAAAAAUAUUCUCCCCUGGUCAGAAAAUUACCAAUGAAUGUGAAAAGUGCACUUGUCAGUCAGGGAGAUGGAUAUGCCAGGAGUUACCCUGUCCAAGUACAUGUGCUUUGGAGGGUGGAUCCCACAUAACCACUUUUGAUGGGAAGAAAUAUACCUUCCACGGAGACUGCUACUAUGUGUUGACCAAGACCACUAAAAAUGACACACAUGUCCUUUUGGGAGAAUUGGGUCCAUGCAGUUCUUCAGACAAGCAGACAUGCCUAAAGUCAGUAGUGCUACUAACAGACCAGAGGAAGAAUGUUGUAGUUUUCAAAUCAGAUGGUACUAUAUUACAGAAUGAAAUGGAGAUUCAUUUGCCAUACAGAACAGGUAGUUUCUCAGUUUACCAGCCAUCAUCGUUCUAUACUAUUGUGCACACAAUAUAUGGGCUAAAGCUGCAGAUCCAGCUGUCUCCAGUGAUGCAACUGUUUCUCAUUGUGGAGGAGUCCAUCAAGGGAACUAUCCAUGGACUUUGUGGAGAUUACAAUGGAAUAGAAGGUGAUGAUUUCAAAACAUCAGGUGGAGUGGUUGAAGCAACAGGAGCUUCCUUUGCCAACUCCUGGAAAGCACAGGCUAGCUGUAGUGAUAUGGAAGAUAAGCUGGAACACCCUUGCUCUCUGAGUCUUGAGAAUGAAAAAUACGCUGAAUUCUGGUGCUCUUUAUUGAAAAGUGAAACAAGUUCCUUUGCCAGAUGUCAUUCAGUGAUUGAUCCAACAGAUUAUUAUAAGCGUUGCAAGUAUGAUACCUGCAAUUGUAACUCCAAUGAAGAAUGUUUGUGUGCUGCCCUGUCAUCUUAUGCAAGAGCCUGUGCUUUCAAAGGAGUCAUGUUGUGGGGUUGGAGAAAUGUAAUCUGCAACAAAGAAGUAAAUUCUUGCCCAGCCAACCAGGUUUUCCGCUACAAUCUAACCAUGUGCCAACAGUCCUGCCGUUCUCUUUCUGAGGGAAAUAAGUACUGCUUGGAAGGUUUCACUCCAGUUGAUGGCUGUGGCUGCCCUGACAAUAGCUACGUGAAUGAGAAAGGCAUCUGCGUGCCUAUGGCUCUCUGCUCCUGUUAUUAUAAAGGCUUAUAUGUGCAACCUGGAGAUAGUAUCAUGAAGGACGACAAGCGCUGUGUUUGCAAAAAUGGAGGAUUUCAGUGUGUAAUAGUGGAUAAACGCCUUAUUUCCUUUGCAGAAUGUUCAUCCAAUAAGACAUAUUUUGAUUGCACCAACUUUGAAUCUUGGUCUUCCCAAACUCCAAUACAACUUAGCUGUCAAACACUGGGUACCGAUCACUUCCAGACCGAAUGUAUCUCAGGAUGUUUUUGCCCUGAGGGCUUGAUUGAUGACGGCCAAGGGGGAUGUGUAGUAGAAGAUGACUGCCCAUGUAUUCAUAACCAGGUGUAUUAUCCCAAUGGAGAAAAAAUAAACGUUGACUGCAACACAUGUACCUGCCAAAAAGGAAACUGGAGAUGCACCAACAUAGUGUGUCAUGGGACAUGUACCAUUUAUGGCAGUGGCCAUUACAUCACCUUUGAUGGAAAAUUCUAUGACUUUGUUGGUCACUGCGAAUACGUGGCUUCUCAGGAUUACUGUGGCAACCAGCAAGGAAAGUUUAGUGUGAUCACAGAGAAUGUUCUCUGUGGAACGACAGGCGUUACCUGCACCAAGGCCAUUAAAUUGUUUCUAGGGACCACAGAGCUAAAGCUGCAAGAAAAACACAUUGAAAAAAUUGAGUGGACUAACAACAGCUCUGUAACAUAUUGGAUUCAUGGAACAGUUGGGCUGUAUAUGGUAAUUGAAGCCAGCAAUGGAAUGAUGGUCAUCUGGGAUAAGAAGACAACAAUUUUCAUCAAGCUGUUGCCCUAUCAUAAAGGGAAAGUCUGUGGUUUGUGUGGUAACUUUGAUGGCAAAGCCGGCAAUGACUUUACAACAAGGAGUAUGGCUCAAGACACGGUCAGUGCCUUGACAUUUGGAAAUUCUUGGAAAAAGGAUCCAGCUUGUCCUGAUGUAGGGGGAGUCAUUGAGCCCUGUGAUGUAAAGCCUCAUCGGAAAACUUGGGCAGAGAAAGAGUGCAGCCUCAUCAAAAGUGAAGUUUUUAAAAAAUGUCAUCACAAGGUGGAUCCACAGCCAUACUAUGAAGCCUGUGUACACGAUGCCUGUUCCUGUGAUACCGGGGGGGACUGUGAAUGCUUCUGUACUGCAGUUGCUGCAUAUGCACAUGAAUGCAUCAAAGUUGAAGCAUGCAUCCACUGGAGAACUCCAGAUAUAUGCCCAAUCUUUUGUGAAUACUACAAUCCUAGUGAAGAUUCAUGUGAGUGGCAUUAUGAGGCUUGUGGACGUGAGUUUUUAACUUGCAAGAUCCUCAAUCAAGGCAACACCAACUUUUCAGUCCCAUUCUUAGAAGGUUGCUAUCCACGAUGUCCUCCAGAUUAUCCAAUCUACGACGAGGAGAUUAAGUUAUGUGUGAAAAAGUGUGGUUGUUACUUUAAUGAUACUUACUACCUACCUGGAAAUUUAAUCCCCAACUAUGAACCCCGAGAACCGUGCCACAAUUGCUACUGCCAGUCAUUAGAAAAUGUGAUGUGUAAACUUGAAAAAGUGUGUUGUGUUUAUAAUGGCAAAGAGUAUGAAGUGAACGAGACGGUUAACAAAACUAAUGAAUGUGUGUACCUAAUAUGCACACUAAAUGGUACCAUGGAAAUUAAAUAUGAUAGAUGCACUUCAACUAUAUCUCCCUCUACUAUUCCAACAACCACCUCCAGCACUACUACUACUAUCACCACUACUAUGUCUCCAACCACUACAACAAUUUCUACUACAGGCACUUCUACAAUAGUUACAAAAAUUGAUAUUACAAAAGGUGACAAUGAAACUUAUGAAAACAUCAAACUCCACAACGUAACGAUCUGUGAGAAGCCAGAAAACAUAUCAUGCCGAGCGAAGAAAUUUCCUGAGGUGUCAUUGGAGGACUUGAAACAGGAAGUGACAUGUAAUGUUUCUACUGGGUUUAUUUGCAAAAACGAAGAUCAGGUUCCUGGAAUAAUUCCUGCAAAAGUCUGUCUCGACUAUGAAAUCAGCGUCCUCUGCUCUACUCCCACUACCACCUCCACUACUGAAAGCCCUACUACCACAAUUACUACCACUCCAUUUACUCCCACUCCAACUCCUACUCCUACCAGCACCUCCACUACUGAAAGUCCUACUACCACUACCACCACUCCAUCUACUCCCACUCCAACUCCUACUCCUACCAUUACCUCCACUACCGAAAGCCCUACAACCACAAUUACCACCACUCCAUCUACUCCCACUCCUACUCCUACCAGCACUUCCACUACUGAAAGCCCUACUACCACAAUUACCACUACUUCAUCUACUCCCACUCCAACCCCUACCCCUACCAUUACCUCCACUACUGAAAGCCCUACUACCACAAUUACCACCACUCCAUCUACUCCCACUACCACCUCCACUACUGAAAGCCCUACUACCACAAUUACUACCACUCCAUCUACUACCACUCCAACUCCUACCCCUACCAUUACCUCCACUACCGAAAGCCCUACUACCACAAUUACCACCACUCCAUCUACUCCCACUCCAACUCCUACUCCUACCAUUACCUCCACUACCGAAAGCCCUACUACCACUACCACCACUCCAUCUACUCCCACUCCUACUCCUACCAUUACCUCCACUACCGAAAGCCCUACAACCACAAUUACCACCACUCCAUCUACUCCCACUCCCACUCCUACUCCUACCAUUACCUCCACUACCGAAAGCCCUACUACCACAAUUAUUACCCCUACCCCAACUAUAUUGCCAGGAGAAAGUGGGGGCAUAUGUAAUUGCACCGAGUUACGGUGUAUUACAGAUAACAAAUGGGAGACGUAUCCUGUAAAAUGCGAACGUCCACCAAAGCCCAAGUGUGCCAAUGGGCUUGCUCCUGUAGAAGUAUUGGAUGAAAACAGAUGCUGCACGCAUUGGGAAUGUGACUGCUAUUGCACUGGCUGGGGAGAUCCACAUUAUAUGACAUUUGAUGGCCUCUACUACAGUUACCAAGGUAAUUGUACCUAUGUCCUAAUGGAAGAGAUUAAUCACACCAUCUACAACUUUGGAGUGUACAUUGAUAACUACCACUGUGAUCCAGCACAAUCUGUCUCUUGCACCCGUACUCUCACCAUAAAGCACGUGUCCCAGGAAGUGCGCCUCAAAACGGUCAAACUGAUUCCUAUGAAAGUAGAGGUGACUGUGAAUCAUGUGCAAGUGGGUUUACCUUAUGAAAAAUAUACCCUGAAGGUUUACAAGUCUGGUAUAAACUACGUGGUGAAACUAGUUAGAUUGAAUAUAACUGUAACAUACAAUGGCAUGGCCUUCACAAUCAGGAUGCCCUAUGCAACGUUUGCCAACAAUACCCAGGGACAAUGUGGAAAAUGCAACAACAAUAUCCAAGAUGACUGUAUGUUACGGAAUGGGACUGUUAUACCUUCUUGUGAAAUAAUGGCAGAUGACUGGGUUAUUUAUGAUCCAGAAAAACCACAUUGUGAACAUAUGACCCCACCUGAGAAACUUCCAACUCCUGCUCCCUGCAAACCAUCUCAGUUGUGUGAGCUUCUAAAAGGAAGUACAUUUCAGGAGUGUCAUGCCGUCGUUAAUUUUACAAGCUACUAUGAGGCCUGCGUGUUUGAUAGCUGCCGAAUGCCCAACGAAUUAAUGGAAUGUGCAAGUCUUCAAAUUUAUGCAGCAACCUGUGCAGAUCAGGGGGUUUGCAUUGACUGGAGAGGACAAACCAAGGGAGCAUGUCCCGUUAUCUGCCGACCCCAUAAAGUGUACAAAGCAUGUGGUCCUACUAUAGAAGAAACUUGCAAAUCAGGAUUAAUAGAACAAAACCAGACACGACAAAUGGAAGGGUGUUUCUGUCCUGAAGGAACCAAACUUUAUGACACUGCUAUAGAUGUAUGCGUGGAAAUCUGUGGAUGUGUUGGACCAGACGAUAUUCCCAGAAAGUUUGGGGAGAACUUUCAGUUUGACUGCAAAGACUGUACUUGCAUGGAAGGUGGAAGUGGCAUUAUCUGUGAACCCUACAAGUGUCCAAUACCAGUUGAUGAAGUACAGUGUGAAGGGGAAGGAUAUCAGAAGAUCACCAAAAUUAAUCCUAAUGACAAAUGCUGUUCAGACACUGUGUGUGAGUGCAACACCACUCAAUGUACGACCAAGCCUCCUCAGUGUGAUCCAGGAUUCAUAGCUGUUGCUAACAACACUGAAGAACACUGUUGUCCUUCUUAUCAAUGCAAUCCUAAAAAAGUGUGUGUGAAGGAUGGUAAUGAAUAUAAGCCUGGUUCAGAAGUCUUAGGAGGUCAGUGUGAAGAGUGCACAUGCACAAAUCGACAAAACAGCACCACUCUUCUGAAUAUCAUAGAGUGUAAGGAUAUCCCAUGUAAUGUGAAGUGCCAGGAGGGCUAUUCUCCUGUUCGAUACCCUGGUGACUGCUGUCCAAAAUGCGUGCAGACAAGUUGCGUUAUAAGAACAAUAGAAAAUGAGAUUCUCAUCUUAACUCCUGGUGACAGUCAGAAUGAUCCCAAAGACAACUGUACUCUUUACACCUGUACAAGGAUUCAUAGGCAGCUGAUUUCUUCUACGUCUGUGAUUACCUGCCCAUCAUUUGAUGAGAAGAGAUGCCAACCUGGCACCCUUGUAUACUUGCCUAAUGGCUGUUGUAAGACAUGUAUAUUGAUGCCAGGUGGCUCAUCGUGCUCGGCCACUCAAACAAUGGACUAUAUCAAUUACAAUGGCUGCCGUUCAGAGGAACAAGUCUCUGUGACUCAGUGUGAAGGAAGAUGUGGAACUUUUUCACUAUACUCUCCUGAAGCUAAUUCCAUGACACAUAAGUGCAGCUGCUGCAGAGAGUCAGAGACAUCCCGGAAAGAAAUCAUGCUGCUGUGUCCUGGUGGGAUCAGAAAGAAACACCGUUAUAUCCACGUGGACCGCUGCAAGUGCCUGAAAACUGAAUGUGGUGAUGAACAAAGCUCCUCAGAAGAAUUCAGGGACAUCAAACAACUCACAACGCAACAGCCCCAGGAAGAAAAGGUGAUGGAACGGGUCAAGAAAGCUCUGAGGCAUGUCGGGAAGAGAAGUUAA